GGAACUGGCCGGAUCGAAGGAACACGAUCAUAACCCGGAAGAGACGUUGUCAGUACAUACUCACGGCGAACCCAGACGAAGGGAAGAAAGGAGGGAGGAGCAGGACGAGACAGCUGUCACGCUGAGCUCAGUGUACUUCAACCUGUGGAGGAUCGCGAAAGAGUGCAUUUGCGGCAGCGGGUCGCGGUGUAGACAAAGUGGGAUGAGACGCCCUCAGCAAGAACAUCAUCAUCAUCACCACCACCAUCAUCACCAUCACCAUGGAUCCUCAACAAGCCCCACGUGCUCUCGUCAAACACACGAUAAGGACGAGUCUCGUCUCGCUCGCGUAAAGCGCGUCCUGGCGGGUUCGCUGUUGGGCCGCGGUGCUGGCUCCAGCAGGAUCUUCGGCACCCGGCUGGAGCUGGUCGAGUCGUAUCUCGACACAGGUGUACCGUACGUGGUGCACCGGUUAUGCAGCUACAUCGAGGUGCAUGGCUUCCAGAGCGCGGCGGUGUUUCGUCUGUCAGGCGGCAGUCCUCGGCUUGCAGAGCGACUGAGGGCGGCCUUCGAGCGGCGGGGUGAUGCCGAUCUAGAGGCAGCCGGGUGUCCACCGACCGCCGCGACCCUUCUCCGUCAAUAUCUGAAGGAAUUGCCGCAGCCGGUCGUACCAUCCACCCUCGUCGGCAGACUGCUCAACAUUCACACCCAGAGCUAUGCGAACGAUCACGACUCGUGGAUCGCCUCGACGAAGGAACUACUGUCGACUCUGCCAUCCUCGCAUUAUCAUCUGCUUGGCUACCUGACGAUUUACCUUAGUCGCUACGAGGCACGACACGGACGCAGUGCCGGAGUCUGCGGUGUUUUUGCACCCGUCAUUCUGCCUCACGUGCCGCCUGCGACUACCCUCCUGCGGGAUAUCCUCGCCGAGGCACCAGUGCUCUUCCCUGACUGUAUUCGUGAGAAUACGGUGAACGGCUUGGUACCUGCCGGCGAUUGUAAGAUUUGCAAGGAUACGAGAGACGAGCCGAAGGAUUCCGAGGGUGCGUCCCUGCUCUGUGCACUGAAACCGCGUAAGCGCAAGGAACGUCGCGAAUCCUGCUGCCAAGAACGGAAGCUAAUAAGGAGUAGCAGUGAAGAACGUGUUCUUGACAGUCCCACCGACAUCGCGGAUACGAUCAGACGUGUGAGCAGCCACGAAGAUUUCAAUAGCCAGGAACAUUUGCACAUUUUAUCGCAACUCGGUCAAGACAUGGGUCACGGUGUGAGAUGUGGCGGAUUACCGCUCCAUGAGAGAACCAACGUUUCGCCAGUGUCGAAAAAAUCGUCGUCAGUACCAUCGCCGUGCGAAGUAGUUGUGGCGACUGAAAAAUUUGAUUGCGACGCCGAAAAAUUGAGAAAUAGCGAACGCUUUAGCAGAAGUCUUACCCCGAGAGGUAGAAGACAAGCACGCAGAAGAAGAGUGCACAGAAUCCCAGAUACUGACCAGAGUUCCAGCAAGGAAAACGAAGAGGAAUCUGAAAAUAUGUACAUCUCCAAUGUAUCACCGAGUCCUAAUAGUCAUAAUGACUCGCCAGCUCAAAGCUUCUUGGAAAUGUUAAGCAGCGGACCGAGCAGAUCACCUUCGCCGGCUCGUCCACCCACUGUCGAUCACGAGGACGUUAAUAAUCCCAGUUUGACUAAUUGGGGCUUUCAACAUUUGGAAGGAAAUGAAGAAGCCGCGGACGCUCGAGUGGAAGCUAUGCUCUCGCCAAGGAACUCACUGUUGCUCCCCAGGAGAUUUUACUCCGAAGAGGAAAUACAAUCAAACACGCUUAGCCCAUCGGAAAUGGGACUAAAAAAUCUUGCGAAACACAUUAACGGCCUGAAGAAGAAGAUCAAAAAGUAUGAGGAUGAGUUUGAGGAAAACUUCGGCUAUCGACCGAGUCAUUCUGACAAAAUGAGCAAUCGCGACAUCAAACGGCUAUGCACGGAGCUGAAUAAGCUUCGAAAAGAACACAAGUUAUUGAAGGAAGAUCCAAUAGGUGCGCUUCUAGCCAAUGCCAACAAUCGACUGAAUACUACCGGCAGUCCUGUAAACAAUAACAAUGGCCACGAGAAAUCUCAGACAACGUCGAUAGAGGAAGUGAUCAAGGAAGCGGAGAAAAAACUUAGCGAGAAGCGUAUCAAGUACAACCGGCCCGAUAAUAUGGAUGAACUCAAUUACGAGCAAUUAUUAGAGGAAAAGACAGCCGUGCAAAAAGCAUUGCUCCAUAUUGAGAACACUUUCGGCAGGCCAGUUUGUAAGGAAGACAGAGCAGUUGUUCGACCAUUAUACGACCGGUACAGGACUUUAAAAAGACUGCUCAUUAGAGCGGGCGCGUGUAAAAACAAGGACAGCGUUACCGAACUGGCCACGAUCCUAGAGCACGAAACGAUGGAUUUUACGUCAUCGAAUCUUCCAGGAAAUCCUGUAGAGACUGAUAGAAGAGCCAGCGAGCCUGAUAUGUCACAUCGAGGCAUCUUGGAUUGUAUCGAUCCCGUAGAUCAAUUGCCAACUGAUAGUGAUAGUCAGCAUAGCAGUAGCGAUGCCGGUGAAGGUCUUCACGCUCUUUUUAGAGAAGAAUUAUUGAUACAACAACGAGCUACUCGAGAAGAGAAGAAGCGGCUUCGUAGAGCGUUGAAAGAAUUAGAAGCGCAAUUUGAAGCUCGGGCUGGCCGCCGUAUGCAACGCGAGGAUCGUGGACCGCAAGUCACUACCGUGUAUGAAUCAUACAAGCAGGCGAAAGCAAAAUUGAGACUGAUCGACGCCCUCAUAGCCAAAAAGGCUUGACGUAGUAUUUAAUUCACGAGUAAUGAAGAACUGAUUUGAAACAACAUAGUUGAAACUUUAAAUGAUCUUUAAACGUCUGUAAAAAGAUGUGCCACGCAGGCACAUUCAUCGCCAUCUGCAAUUUCAGCAUUAUGCGAUCAUGAUUAAAAAGGCCUGAAGAGAAGCAAUAUCUGCCUGAAUGAAGAAUACUACUGUAACGCAACGAGAAUUUAUCGUAUAGAAUCAAAAGAUUUCGAGAACAAAAACAUGAAAGUGAACAAUGCAUUCACUUUCUAGUGUAAGAUUUACUUCGCUUUCAUAAAAUCAUGCGUGCCGUAUAUUCUCUUAUGCGGUUUUCUUUCGAUCGCAGAGUUCGUUCGCGUUACGACGCUGGGAAAAUAAUACCGAAUGUUUUCAAUGUUUAAAGUAAUGCAUCUUUUUUAUAACAUCGUUUUUGAAACAUCGAUAUAUUGAAAGUGCGCAUAAACGGACAACUUAUAGUGAGCAAUAGUAUGUCUACAGAAUAAAAGCAUGGUAGUACAUUUGAACUCUUUAAACAUUAAUAAUUCUACAAUUUAAACUGAUUAUUACGACGUAAUAUAAAAUAAUUGUUCGAUGAUAUAAUCGCGUAUCAUUGUACAUUUUGUAUUUAACGUAUUCAUUUGCAAUGGAAGAUUUCCAUUUGAUUGUCCUCCAUUCAUUUCAUUGUAUAUGCAGCAUUAAUGAUACAUAUUUUACGUUAACGAGAAAUUGGAUGC